CAAAUUCUCUACAAGAAGUCUUCCAUUUAUAAUUCCGACGGAAUGAAGAGGAGCCGCAUUUUGAACGCGUAUGAAUUAUCGCAAUAUUUAUUGGAUAAACAAAUUGAACUUCUGGAAAGAAAAUAUGGAGGCGAUAAGGCCCGCAAUGCUGCUCUGGUUAUACAGAGAGCUUUCCGUAGAUAUACACUUAUUAAAAAAUUUACAUACAUCACGACUAUGGCGCAACAAGAUAAAAAGUAUGCGGAUCAAAAGAACGUUCAAAGAUUACCUAGUAGAUCUAUGUCAUUAAGAGAAAGCAAUAGGACUUAUAUAGUUAAAAAUAAUCACUUAGAUUCAAGUGCAGAUAUGAACUCAAGUUUAGAAAUUUCCAACAAUUCAUCACAUCCGCAUGUAAAUAUCCUGCAUUACGAAUAUGACCUUUACAUGCGCGGCGAACUGAGUGGCUCUCGCAAGAAAAUACCUCCGGAGGUUCCAAAACGCACCUCAUCAAUUUCGAAUCGAUCAUGCAAACCGCAUAUGUUAGACGGACGACAUCAGGGCUACGAUCAGAUGCACAGCAACUACGACCAGCAUCAGACCAGCCCCGGUUCCGUACUCAGUCGGUCGGCAUAUUCCGACAAUGUGCAAAUGAUGAGACCAACGCUCAGCGAGAAUUCUCUGGUUAGAACUAAUGCAGGAGAAAUGCAAUUGCAACAGCAAAACUGUUUGGAUCCGAAUGGUAGAACGGGAUACAGUCAUGGUCCACAAAUCAACAUGAGCAAUCUGUGCGAGUACACUCAAUAUAGGCCGAACUAUAUAGAAAACGGGUCAGUCUGCAGCGUUCAGUCAUCCGGAAGUGAUAACUCAAUACACUAUGAAAAUUAUGAAAGAGGUUCUUCAUCUCCUGUUUGGAAAAAAAUAGAGCAAGUAUCAACAAAUGACUACAAUAUUCAACCCGCUAUAACUGUUAAUGCAGCACCAAGCACACAAAACUAUAAAACUAAUGAAACUAUUCGCAAGAGACAAUAUAGAGUUGGUUUAAAUCUAUUUAAUAAAAAACCUGAUAAAGGCAUUCAAUACCUUAUUCAAAAGCAGUUUUUAGAAAAUUCUUCAUAUGCAAUUGCCAAGUUUUUGAUCACUCGCAAAGGACUAAGCAAAAAGAUCAUAGGAGAAUUUUUAGGAGAUCUGCAAAAUCCUCUAAGUCAAAAAGUUUUGAUAGACUUUUCAAACCAUUUAGAUUUUACUAAUAUGGAAUUGGAUAAUGCCUUACGAAGGUUUAUGAGUUUCUUCAGAAUACCAGGAGAAGCUCAAAAAAUAGAAAAAAUUAUUGAAGUCUUUAGUAAACGAUACAUAGCUUGCAAUUUGGAUUUAGUGAAUAAAUUUCAAAAUGCCGAUACUAUAUUUAUUUUGAGUUUUGCCAUAAUAAUGCUGAACACUGAUCUGCACACACCUAAUUUGAAGCCUGAGAAGCGAAUGAAGCUUGAAGAUUUUAUUAAGAAUUUAAGAAAUAUUGAUAAUGGAAGGAAUAUAGAUCGAAAUAUGUUAACUGGAAUAUAUGAGCGAGUAAAAGCUAAUGAAUUCAAAUGCAGUUCAGAUCAUGUUACACAGGUGAUGAAAGUUCAACAAACAAUAGUAGGAAAUAAACCUAAUUUAGCACUCAGCCAUCGCAGAUUAGUUUGUUAUUGUCGCUUGUAUGAAAUUCCUGAUCUGAAUAAAAAAGAACGUAUUGGAGUACACCAAAGAGAAGUUUUCUUAUUUAAUGAUCUACUAGUAAUUACUAAAAUUCUUUCCAAGAAAAAGAAUUGUGUUUCCUAUACAUUUAGAAAUAGUUUACCUUUAAGUGGUAUCAAUGUUUCGUUAUUUGAAACAAUUCAUUACCCAUUUGGAAUAAAACUAACGCAGCGAGUUGAUGGAAAAGUUUUAAUAAUUUUUAAUGCUCGCAAUGAGCAUGAUAGAAUAAAAUUUGCUGAUGAUUUGAAAGAAUCUAUAUUAGAAAUGAAUGAAAUGGAAAAUAUAAGGAUUGAAAACGAACUAGAAAGACAAAAAAGAAGCAAUCGUAAUGGAACUGAACCAAAUCGUGACAGUGGUGUUGCAGAUUUGUGCAACUGCCAAACAAACGUUGGCCAUAAUCAUGCUGCGUGUAAUUGUCAGCCAGUCGUUAUGACCAAUUCCAAUAAUACAAAUCAAUUUGGGAACAAUUUAGUUUAUAAUGACCAACAGCUCAAGAGAUCUGCUCUAAGCAACUCUCUCUUAGAUAUGCAUGAACAAUUCAAUGACUCCCACAAGCAAAGGAGAGGUUCAGUGGGUUCUCUCGAUAGUGGCAUGUCGCUCUCCUUCACAAACAACUCUCACAGGCAGCAGCAUCAGCAACAUCAACAGAAUGUUAUGUACAAUGUGAUUCCUCAGCAACCCACAAGCAUGCUGCAACAACAAAUGUUGCAUACAAUGCAAACUUUACCAUUAAUAAAUCUGGCCACCGCUCAACAUUCGAACAAAUCUAUGCAGCAUUUCCAAUACAAUGGACCUGCAGAUAAUCAACAGAAGAGGGAGAGAAAAUCGUCACGCACAACUCAGGUGUAAAUGUAGGAUCGAAAUAAUGGUAUUAUUCUUUUGAAAAUUUUAUUUGAUAAUUUGUGAUGUGAUAUGCUGUAAUCUUGUUUUAUCUGAAGGUCAGGUGUGUAAACAUUUCAAAAUCACUUCUCUAUUGAUACUUGCAAGAUA